GGGACAUUUGGACUGAAGCCAACCCCCUAAAAUAUAAAUGGGCGGGCGGCGGAGGGUGUUUUCCCUCUGCGCAGUUGUCAAGCCCGGGGUGCAUGCUGGACUGUAGCUGUGGGUGCGCUCACUGAUCCGGAUUAAAGAGCAACAGGCGGAGUGGUCUUAAGAAUUUUAACAGCCAAUGGCUGCACACUGUGUGCUAACAUAAAAAGUGCUUUGAAUUCUGCCCUCUUGUGAGCAUCUAAAUGAUCAAGGUUCAAGAUGUCUGGGCUGGGCAAACUGCGGGUCGCUGUGAUUGGCGCCGGGGCAGCGGGUCUCUGUGCUGCACGAAACCUCCUCGCACGACAAGACAUCUUCGCCCCUCCGGUGAUCUUUGAGAUCACCAAGAAUAUAGGGGGCACCUGGGUGUAUGAGGAACGAGUGGGGCACUAUGACAACGGCCUUCCCAUCCACAGCAGCAUGUACAGAGACCUCAGAACCAAUAUUCCCAAAGAGGUCAUGUCAUUUCCAGAUUUUCCCUUCGCAAAGCAUCUUCCCUCAUUUGUCCAUCAUACAGAGGUACGGAAAUAUCUUGAGCAGUACUGUGACCACUUCAACCUGUGGGACCACAUUCAGUUUGGUACCACAGUGGAUGCAGUGAAACCAGUUAAAGAACAGAGUGGCUGGAAAGGUUUGGCUUGGGACGUCACAACGAGUGACGGUAUAGAACGAAGCAAAUCCAUCAAGGAGCGCUUUGAUGCUGUUAUGGUGUGUAAUGGACACUUCUAUGACCCUUAUAUCCCUACCAUACCUGGAUUGGAGAAGUUCAAAGGUAUGCUGAUGCACAGUCAUGAUUAUCGCAAUGCAGAACCCUUUGCUGGCAAGUCAGUGGUGGUGCUAGGUGCUGGUCUUUCUGGACUAGACAUCGCUAUGGAGCUCUCUGAUGUGAAUGCUAAGGUGAUUCUGAGCCAUGGUCAGCGUCCCCUGACCUGCCCCCUUCCCACAGGCGUAGAACAGGCUCCUCCAGUGGUCAAAGUGCUGGAGGAUGGCACUCUGGAGUUUCAGGAUGGGAAGCAGGCGACGCCGGACGUGUUUUUGUUCUGUACAGGCUACAACUUUACUUUUCCCUUCUUGGAUGAAAAUGUCGGGGUUAAAGUAAAGGAUCACCUGGUCUUUCCUCUCUACAAGUUUUUGAUUCCUCCUGCCUACCCAUCACUCUUCAUCGUGGGCAUCUGCAGAGCCAUAUGUCCCUUCCCUCACUUCCAUGUUCAGUCUAAGUUUGUCAUCUCUGUGCUGGAUGGCUCCUUCACCCUGCCAUCACGUGAGGAAAUGGAAAAGGAUAUCGAGUUGGACACAGCGGCCCGCCGAGCUCGUGGAAUCGCAACCCGCCACAUCCUGAAACUGGAUUCUGAGCAGUGGGCUUACAAUGACCACCUGGCUCAACUGGGUGGAUUCCAGCCCCUUCCUCGGUACUGGAGCAACCUGUAUGAGUCUAACAAGGUGUUCCGUGCCCGAGAUAUGCUUAACUACAAAACACACAACUACACUGUGCUCGAUGAGACCGACUGGAUGGUGCAGAAUCUGCAAGGCCAACAGUUACCAAAACCCCAACUUAAACAAAUAUAAAUUCACAUGGAAAAAAUAUUAGUAAAACACAUGCAGUAUCACGUUACUGAUCUCUGACACAUACACAUUCGUUCAUGCAAUAAGUGCUCUUAAUUACUCUCAUUAAAAUACCCUAGGUUUCUGUUCUAAUUUCUCAUACUUUCCAAACAACGGUGCUAAAUCACUAUUAGUCAUAGAAUCUGAAUUAGAAGCACAGAGUAAAGAGGUUGUAUUUCUCUGUAUGGUGCUUGUUAACAUAUCCGUCCACUUUGCACAACAAGAUUUUAAAUUCAAUAAAGCAAAACAAAUGUA